GCCCUAAGGAGGUCGCAGGAGCUGGCCGCACAGCAGGAGGUGGUCUGUAACGCCGCCCAUGUGGCUUAUGUGCUGGUUGCAGAGGUGCUGGGAACAACUGGAGCACCAACGCCAUGGGGUGCCAAUGUCCCCGGGGCGGCGGCAGACCUGUUGACACGCGCACAGCUUGGGAGCGAGAAUCUGGACCAGCUUCUGCAUGCCGCAGCAGCACAACGAGCACCUGCCAAGGUGGGGCUGCGAGAUUUAUGUGCAGCGCUGUUUCAGGAGGACUUAGGUUUGUCGCAGCUACUGCACAGCCAUGGGCUGACAGCGGAGGGCUUGCGCGGUGCUCUGCAGGCCUCAGGGCAAAGUCUGGUCCCUCCGCCCGGCGCCUCUGCGCCGGUUCUUCCACUGAUGCAGCGCGAAAGGCCAAAGGGUGCCAGCGACGAAGAGGACGACUCCUCCUCAAUCCUAGAACGCUUCGGGAAGGACUUGGUGGCGGAAGCCGCGGCGGGGCGGCUGGACACGGUCUUCGGGCGUGAGAAGGAAGUCCAACGAGUGCUACACGUCCUGGCUCGCCGCAACAAGCCCAAC